UGCCAUUGAGAGAUACAAACAGGCUAUCCAAGCUGACAGCAAGUAAUCUGUCAGCGGAGAAAGAGAAUCUGUGCUUUGUCGCAGCGGAUCGGAAUUGUUUGUGUUAUGAGAAGAGGAACCUGGCUGUGUUAGGACUGUGGUAAGAUUGAGCACCAUGGCUGCAGCCCCUCCACUGAGACGGACAGAUUCAGCUCGGGGGGAGUUUUCCCCUCUGAAACACUUCGUCGUAGCCAAGAAGAAGAUAAGCGAUGUGUUUGAACAGCUACUGAGUUAUGUGAAAGAGACUUCAGAGUUUGUAGAAGAAACCUGUGGGAAUAAAGCUUUGGAGAACAUUGCGAGUCAGGAUCAAAAGUUGGAGAUUCAGGCGUAUGCUGACAAACUUGAUGUCAUUAAAGAGGUGCUGGCCCGCAGACACAUGAAAGUGGCAUUUUUUGGCAGGACCAGUAAUGGUAAAAGCACAGUGAUCAACGCCAUGCUGAGGGACCGCGUGCUGCCCAGCGGUAUCGGCCACACUACUAACUGCUUCCUGAGUGUGGAGGGCACAGAUGAUGACAAGGCUUACCUCAAGACAGAGGGCUCUGAUGAGGAGAAGAGCAUCAAGACUGUAAACCAGCUGGCUCAUGCACUACACAUGGAUGAGAGUCUGGACGCCGGGUGUCUCGUACGCGUCUUCUGGCCAAAGACCAAGUGUGCUCUGCUUCGAGACGACCUGGUGCUUGUAGACAGCCCAGGGACAGAUGUCACGUCACAACUGGACAGCUGGAUUGACAAGUUUUGCCUGGAUGCUGAUGUCUUCGUGCUGGUGGCCAACUCUGAAUCCACUCUCAUGAACACGGAAAAGCACUUUUUUCACAAAGUGAACGAACGUCUGUCAAAACCAAACAUCUUCAUCCUCAACAACCGCUGGGACGCCUCAGCAAACGAACCAGAAUACAUGGAGGAUGUGAGAAAGCAGCACACAGACCGUUGUGUCAACUUCCUGGUAGAAGAGUUGAAGGUCGUGGACCGUGAGCAGGCACCCAACCGUAUUUUCUUUGUCUCUGCCAAAGAGGUGCUCAACUCUCGCAUGCAACGUGCGCAGGGCAUGCCCGAAACAGGUGGAGCUCUGGCUGAGGGCUUCCAGGAGAGACUGAAGGAGUUCCAGAGCUUUGAGAGGAGGUUUGAGGAGUGUAUCUCGCAGUCAGCAGUGAAAACAAAGUUUGAGCAGCACACUAUCAGGGCCAAGCAGAUCACAGAAAAAGUCCAGAACAUCAUGGAUGCCAUCAACAUUGAAGCAGCGGAGAAGAGAGUGGCAGCAAUGGAGGACAGAGAGUAUCAGAUGGACCGGCUGGAGUUUGUCAAGAAUCAGCUCAACUUGCUGAUUGAUGACAUCAAGAAAAAGAUCAAAGCCAUAAGUGAAGACGUGGAGUCCAAGGUGUCCAGCGCAAUGGGAGAGGAGAUCUGUCGUCUCAACGUAAUUGUUGAUGAGUUCCACGCUGACUUCCACCCUUCGCAUCAUGUCCUCAAGAUCUACAAGUCUGGGCUGCUUGCUCAUGUGGAGGAGGGGAUGGGGAAGAACCUGGCCUUCCGCUGCUCAGAUGCCGUCAAUGCUUCUGUCCAGUCCUCUCAGACAUACAUGAUCGAGAGCAUGCUCCCUCUGCUUCCCUCUGCGGUCCAGAGUCAAGUCCACAUGCUUGUACCCAGCAGGAAGUUUGACCUGAGUUACGACCUAAACUGCGCCACGCUCUGCAGUGACUUCCAGGAGAACAUUGAGUUUCAGUUCUCGUUGGGCUGGACAGCGCUAGUCCACCGCUACCUGGGAUCUGUCAACGCACAGAGAGCACUCAGACUGAUGGACCAGAACUUCCAGGCUUCUCGGCCAGCGCUGCCCCUGGCCCGUACACCCUCCUCAGGACCCCCCUCCACCAUAUCUCAACCCAACAACGAGACUGCCCUCAUGACCCAGGAGGACCUCAUGGUGGCCAUGGCAGCCAACGUGGCUUCCCUCACUUCCCGGACAUCCAUGAGCGUUAUCAUUGUCGGAGGAGUGGUGUGGAGAACAGUUGGCUGGAGACUGAUUGCCCUGUCGGCCUCGUUGUACGGCUUGUUGUACCUGUACGAGAGACUCACCUGGACCACAAAGGCAAAGGAACGCACUCUGAAGCGCCAGUUUGUAGACUACGCAACCGAAAAGCUGCAGCUCAUCGUCAGCUUCACUAGUAGUAACUGCAGCCACCAGGUCCAACAGGAGAUGGCUACGACCUUUGCUCGGCUCUGUCAGCAGGUGGACCAGACCCAGAAAGAGCUGGAGGCAGAAAUCCGCCAACUGACAGCCAAGAUAGAUCAGCUGGAGACAGUCCAGAGCCACUCCAAGAGCCUGCGACAUAAAGCCACAGAGCUGGAGAAGCAGUUGGAGGCAUUCACAAACCAGUACCUGCAGCCUCAGCAGUGAAGAUGCUCCUCUUCAUCGCUCCAGACGUUGUUUCACGUUUCAGAUUCAGAUCAGACUUUGUUUCACGUUGGGCGAGUCAUUCCUCAGCCUGGCGCCACCUCACCACGCAAGGUCCUCCUCAUCACCCACACUACACCACACUGUUUUGUGUGGGCAGUAGUGCUGAAAAGAUUUGUCAGUAAUCGAUUAGUCUAUCAACAGAAAUCCAGUGGCUGUUUUGAUAAUGAAAUGUUCAGUGAUAAAUCAGGCAAAAACACCAAACUUUUACAGCUUUUCAGAUGUGAAUAUUUGGUCCUUAUUGUUUAAUUUGUUUGUUCAUUUUUUGACAUUUUGUACAAUAAUCGAUUAAUCAAAAAACAACAAAAUUAUUGAUAAUGAAAAUAAUCUAGUUUCACUCUUUGUGGACAGAGAGUGAAGGCCCAGACAUGACAGUAUUAUCCCCACCAACCCAGCCAGGCGCUUCAGGUGUUAGAGGAACAGCAGUGAAUAAACUGUAAAACAAAACUGCCUGUAAUAAAUAAGACUUGGACUCAUGGUGCACAAAGAUGCUCCACAAAGAAGCAACAGUAUCUCAGUCGGCAUGAAGGCUAGCUAUCAGUCAGGUGCUGUGUUUUGACAGUAACAUGCUCAUAACUGUGAAUAUGCCUUUUUUUGACUAACUUUUGUGGAGCAGAUGAAGUUUGUGUUUGUAAGAUUGUACAUUGUAUCUGUUCAGGCACAUGCACACUACUGUUGCUAUGUACUUGAAGCAACAAAAAUAAAUCUAUUUAAUAAAGAAAGAAAACAUUUGUUUUUCUGAAUUAGAAGGGCGUAGUAAAGUACAUUCACUGAGAGAAAUCGUUUGCAAAGCAUGUCUUUAAAAUGCUGUAGGUUCUUGUUCUAUUUUCUAACAACCCAAACUGUAUAAAUAAAAGCCUUUGGAAAUCCUCCUAUAUUUUAUAAUAUCCUAUUUUAUUUAUACCCAUUAGACUUAUAAUGAGUAUUACAGAAGUCUGCACUUUGUAAAACUGUCCUCUUUUUUCUGUAAUGUAUGUUGAAAUACCUCCAGACUUGUCAGACAACAUUAAAUCUGCCACAAUUUAAAAAUAACACUUUUGUGUGUUUGUUUGAAAAACUUUCAGAACUGUGUGUUAUGACCACUGUUGGUACUU